UCGCGUUGCUUCGUCCCUGCUCCAAAAUGAAAGUAACUUGGCGUCGGGGAACGUCUUACACCAUACGACGCCAAACCAAUGCUGUUCAUUGAGCUGCAGCCGCUUCUCCCGAAGCUUGUCGAGUUUCAGUCCCAUACCUGGACUCCCCGGGCGCAGGCAGUGUGUGCUUGGCGCGGCCCCUUUAAAGGAGGCGGGUUCAGUGUUGCUUCCCGGCCGGCUGAAGCAGAUUCACUUCCAGGUCGGGAGGAGUAAAAAACGGGGGGAAGGGGAAAAAGAAGGGGAAAAAAAAAGGAGCAAGGCUGCCGGGACCCGGUUCGCUGGGCGCUCGUCGCCGGCACCCAGCGCCACGAUGGAGGAAGCUUCUCCUUACUCUUUGCUUGAUAUCUGCUUGAAUUUCCUGACUGCCAACCUAGAGAAGUUCUGCACGGAGAGGCAGGAUGGGACGCUGUGCUUGCAGGAGCCAGGAAUGUUUCCUCAAGAAGUGGCUGAUCGGCUGCUGCGGACAAUGGCGUUCCACGGGCUGCUUAACGAUGGGACCGUGGGCAUCUUCCGGGGCACCCAGAUGCGCCUGAAGCGAGCCUGCAUCCGCAAGGCCAAGAUCUCUGCCGUGGCCUUCCGGAAAGCCUUCUGCCAUCACAAGCUGGUGGAACUUGAUGCUACUGGGGUAAACGCAGAUAUCACCAUCACAGACAUUAUAAGUGGACUCGGCAGCAAUAAAUGGAUCCAACAAAACCUGCAAUGCCUCGUGCUGAACUCACUGACUCUGUCCUUGGAAGACCCGUACGAGAGGUGCUUCAGUCAGCUGUCUGGGCUGCGUGCACUGAGUAUCACCAAUGUUCUGUUCUACAACGAGGACUUGGCAGAUGUUGCUUCUCUUCCUAGAUUAGAAAGUCUGGAUAUAUCGAACACCUCUGUCACCGACAUAACAGCGCUCCUCACCUGCAAAGACCGCCUCAAGUCCUUGACCAUGCAUCACCUGAAAUGCUUGAAAAUGACCACCACUCAGAUUCUGGAUGUUAUCAGAGAACUCAAAUACCUGAACCACCUUGACAUUUCAGAUGACAAACAGUUCACAUCAGACAUAGCUCUGCGUUUGCUGGAGCAGAAGGAUAUCUUGCCCAACCUGGUGUCUCUGGACAUUUCUGGACGGAAGCAUGUUACGGAUAAAGCCGUAGAGGCCUUCAUCCAGCAGCGCCCCACCAUGCAGUUUGUAGGACUUCUGGCUACUGACGCGGGCUACUCCGAAUUCCUGACAGGAGAAGGAAACCUAAAGGUGUCAGGGGAAGCCAACGAAACUCAGAUCUCUGAGGCGCUGAAGCGCUACAGCGAGCGAGCCUUCUUUGUGAGAGAGGCACUCUUCCAUUUGUUCAGCCUCACACAUGUCAUGGAAAAAACAAAGCCUGAAAUUUUAAAGCUUGUGGUUAUUGGAAUGAGAAACCACCCCCUGAACCUACCUGUACAGUUAGCAGCAAGUGCAUGUGUCUUUAACCUGACCAAGCAGGACCUGGCAGCAGGCAUGCCUGUGCGCCUCCUGGCUGAUGUCACCCAUUUGCUCCUGAAGGCCAUGGAGCACUUCCCAAAUCACCAACAGCUGCAGAAGAAUUGCCUGCUUUCACUCUGCAGUGACAGGAUCCUCCAGGAUGUCCCCUUUAACAGGUUUGAAGCAGCCAAACUUGUUAUGCAGUGGCUGUGCAAUCACGAAGACCAAAACAUGCAGAGGAUGGCUGUAGCUAUAAUUUCCAUUCUUGCUGCAAAGCUUUCAACAGAGCAAACAGCUCAACUUGGAGCAGAACUCUUCAUUGUUAGGCAACUUCUGCAAAUAGUUAAACAGAAAACAAAUCAGAAUCUUGUAGAUACUACCCUCAAGUUCACUCUGAGUGCACUUUGGAACCUCACUGAUGAAUCUCCAACAACGUGUCGACAUUUCAUUGAAAACCAAGGGCUAGAACUUUUCAUGAGAGUCUUAGAGUCUUUUCCAUCUGAAUCAUCCAUCCAACAGAAAGUUCUUGGACUUCUGAAUAACAUAGCUGAAGUUAAAGAGCUCCAUUCUGAACUAAUGUGGAAGGACUUUAUAGACCACAUCAGUAAAUUACUGCACAGCGUGGAGGUGGAAGUUAGUUACUUUGCGGCAGGGAUUAUUGCGCACUUGAUAUCUCGAGGAGAGCAGGCCUGGACAUUAAGUCGCAGCCAGAGGACAUCCCUCCUGGAACAGCUGCAUUCUGCCAUUUUGAAUUGGCCAACUCCAGAAUGUGAGAUGGUGGCUUACAGGUCUUUCAAUCCGUUUUUUCCUCUACUUGGCUGUUUCAUGACACCUGGUGUCCAGUUAUGGGCUGUGUGGGCCAUGCAGCAUGUCUGCAGUAAAAACCCUGCCAGGUACUGCAGCAUGUUAAUUGAAGAGGGUGGUUUGCAGCAUUUAUACAACAUCAAGGAGAAUGUCCAGACGGAUCCACACGUGCAGAGGAUUGCCAUUGCCAUCCUGGACAGCUUGGAGAAGCACAUCACACGCCAUGGAAGACCACCUCCCUGCAGGAAACAGCCACCAAGCAAACCAAAUUGAAGCUGCAGGUAGAGGAGCGUGAAGUCUUGUCUCUGUAGUAAUCCCUUCUGGUGUGUGUGUAGUUGGGAGUAACUCGUAACAUAGUGGUCACCAUUAAGUGAUUUGACAAGCUGCGGUACCCAGAACCUUUGGUGAAUGUCCACUUGAAUGGCAACUGCAGCUGCAACGUGGAAAGGGUCACUGCUUGAGCUGGUCACACCUGCAGGAUUGCUGCUGGCUACGGAGAGUUGGGACUUGUACAGAUCAAUGUGCACAGCUGGAGAAGGACUCCUAGGAACACCUCAGGUUGUGACUGCUGGGAGAGAGUACUUCCACCCCUACGAUUGCCGUUCAUACCACUGGUGCAGUUUGGUGUUUGACUAGAAUUGUGUGGUUGUGAGAUUCAACACUUCUGCAGAUUAAAACAAGAGUGCAUGCAUGCAGGUACAGUGAGACUUGUAAGUAAGGUGACCAGAAUGUCCAUUCUCUCAUAACCCUUCUAAACACAAUUUCCUUUGGCCUGCAAGCUGUGUUCCUUCAUUUUCCUUCCUGCUACAACAAUCCUUUCUGCAGUACAACUCUCCUGAGUCCUCCCUGCUCUCAGUGAGGUGAGGACCAAUAUUGCAUCAGGGAAAGGGGGAAACCUGCUAAAAUAAAGCAAUAGAAACAGGACGAAGAGGAGACACACUGCUAAAAGGAUCAACUAAGCUUGAGAUUUUAAACGUGGUAAUGGGGUUUUGUUGAUGCUCGACUACUUUUGGUUGUGUGUGAUAAUCUCUUCUGGUUUUAGAAUACUGAUAGGAAAAGGAAAAGGCUCAUUAGAGCAAAACCCUGACUUGCCUUCAUCAUGAAGGGGAUUGCAUGUCUUGGUAGGAGGCCCGGGAUAUUUGGUCACCUUAUUUAUAAGAGACUAAUGAUUGCUCUGUUUUCUGUAAAUACUCCAUUGGUAUUGUGCAGUGAAUUCUAUUUCCCAGCCAUCACAGUGCAAACUGCUGCCCAAUGUUCCCUGUAAGCUCUAUGUCAAUUGCCUUGUUCUGUGGAGUGUGAACUUUUUACAUAAAGAUCUGUUGUUCCAGCUCCUCUCUUGGUUACCUGUGGGUUUCCCUUGCACUGCAUACCAGGUGCCUGAGAAAGUACAAGUGAGGGAAGCAAACUGCAUGUCCAUUCAAAUUGAAUUUCAGUUAAGGGGCUGGGUUUGUUUAUCUGGUUAGUCUCCGUAUUUCCAUGGCAACUGACUGAUACUCAGAGACUCUCCUGUAAAUAGAUUGGUAAUUGAGUUUCAAAAGAAAACUUCUUUCGUAGCUUACCAGCAGGGAUGGCUUCUUCAUGAUGAGCAUAUUUUACUAUUUUUACCUCCUUCCCUCUCCCAGCUUCCAUCCUUCAAAUAAAAGCAUCACUUCUGAUCUUCAGUAAUCUAGAUACUGUGUAUUCCAACAGCAGGAAUUGAAGCAAUAUUGUCUCAUUGCUUGCUGUGUGAAGAUCUAAUUUGGCUAGCAUCACUUUUUUGUGUGGAGCUGGUUAUGCAUGUUUUUCUUGAGUUGAAGGUAAAGUGGUUUUAGCUUUGAAAGAUGAAGGUGGUUUCGAGUACGACAAAUGGUCUUGCAGGCCUUUGCCUGACGCCCUUGAGAUAUCUGCUGUGGGACCUCACACAAUGGAAACUUCGUAGCAGAAGUGGAGCACAAAGCUUGUCCAAACAGCUGUUAAUAGAAUGAAGAUAAAUCAAUUGCUACAAGAUUUUGACAUAAAGAUGGCAACCCUCCUUCCAGCACUGGUUUCUCCUAGUAACAGGAGAACUUGCUGAAGCAUCCUAACUAGGACUGUGGGGCAAAAAGAUAAUCUCUAUGGAGCACAAAAUGAAUGUGAUAGUGGCAUCAGGCCAGCUGGUGAAGGUGUCACUUUGUCAAGCUCUGCAACUCACAGGCACAGAUUGUAAAUGAUUUUUCCAUGCCCUUCUUGUUUUGUUCCAAAUGCUUCAGGCAAAGUGAGCAGAAUUCUUUUUAGCUUGAAAGUAUGAAUGCAUACAAGGUCUAAACCCACUAAAUUUACUUGCAGGUGAGAGUUGCAGGAAGGUCUCCUCCCAUUCCUGUGCAGCUACAGGAGUUCCUGCCAGGGCAGAGUAAUUCUGGAAAGAACUUUAAACCCUUUGUAUUUCACCUGGGGCAUGUGUUGUCUUUUUUUGAAGGCUGAAGAUCCUGAUUGUGCUUUACCUUUGCAGAUCUUUACACAGGAAACUUGCACAGGUAUGAUCUAAUAAGGUUACCUCACCCACAGAACUCUGUUAACUUCUGCUACAAGUAUAACACUAUUUUGCUUCCAGACAUGAAGUGUCCCCAAGCUGCAAUGUGGUAAGAGGUUUUGUAAGUGUAUUUUGAUUAAACCCAGCUUUCUUUAACCAUA